AUGUCAGGAGUACCGCCAGCAGAAGUGGUGAAGCCUCUCAAGGAGCCGAAAGCCAAGAAGCCCAGGGUCAGCUCAAGUUCAGCGGCCAAGACGCCGGUGCCAGCAAAGGGGGCGCAGACACCCACAGCAAAGUCCCCCAAAACCCCAAAAUCCGAGAAGUCGACCGGCAGUGCGGUGCCCCCGAGCGACGACGCUAUCCUCGAGUCCUUCAUGGAACCGUACCGCGAGCUCAUCGAACGACUCCCACUCCCGCUCUUCCCUCGCUCAACGAGGCAUGGCCUCCACUCCUAUACGCAGCCGAUCCGCAAAGCCAAAGUGGAGGUGCUCCUGCGACAGAAAGCACUGAAACCGAAGACCAACAUGGCUGGCGAGAAUAUCUCCUGCAGAUCGCAGCACGAUUGCAUCGAUUGA